CGCGCGGCAAACGCUGCCAAACGGGCGCGGUGAGCAGCAAAGAUGCUGAGUUUCUUUCGACGAACCCUCGGACGCCGGUCUAUCCGCAAGCACCUCGAAAAGGAGCGGCUGAGGGAGGCCCAGAGGGCUGCGACCCACAUUCCCGCGGCGGGAGAUGCGAAAUCCGUCAUCACGUGUCGAGUAUCCUUGCUGGACGGCACCGACAUCAGCGUGGACUUGCCGAAGAAAGCCAAAGGCCAGCAUUUGUUUGAGCAGAUUAUGUACCAUCUGGACCUCAUAGAAAGUGACUAUUUUGGACUGAGGUUUAUGGAUUCUGCACAAGUUGCGCACUGGUUGGACAACACUAAAAGCAUUAAAAAACAAGUUAAAAUUGGCCCACCAUAUUGUCUGCAUUUUCGUGUGAAGUUUUACUCCUCUGAACCCAACAAUCUGCGUGAAGAAUUAACCAGAUAUUUAUUUGUCCUGCAGCUAAAACAAGAUAUUCUCAGUGGAAAGUUGGAAUGUCCCUUUGACACAGCAGUCCAGUUGGCAGCUCAUAACUUGCAAGCUGAACUUGGAGAUUAUGAUCCUGCUGAGCAUGUCCCUGAACUGGUGUCUGAGUUCAGAUUUGUGCCCACUCAGACUGAAGAGAUGGAACUGGCUAUUUUUGACAAGUGGAAGGAAUGCAGAGGACAAGCACCAGCUCAAGCUGAAACUAACUACCUGAACAAAGCUAAGUGGCUGGAAAUGUAUGGGGUGGACAUGCAUAUAGUCAAGGCAAGGGACGGCAAUGAUUACAGCCUCGGCCUGACGCCAACAGGAGUCCUUGUUUUUGAAGGAGACACCAAGAUUGGUUUGUUUUUCUGGCCAAAGAUAACCAGACUGGAUUUCAAGAAGAAUAAAUUAACACUAGUUGUUGUUGAAGAUGAUGAACAGGGAAAGGAGCAGGAGCACACCUUUGUCUUUAGGCUGGAUCAUCCUAAAGCCUGUAAACACUUAUGGAAGUGUGCAGUGGAACAUCAUGCCUUCUUCCGGCUCAGGGGACCUGUGCAACAAAGCUCAAGCCGAUCAGGCUUCAUUCGUUUGGGAUCGCGGUUCAGAUACAGUGGGAAAACAGAAUACCAGACAACAAAAACCAACAAAGCCAGAAGAUCAUCAUCCUUUGAAAGGAGGCCCAGCAAGAGAUAUUCAAGGAGAACACUACAAAUGAAAGCAAAUGUUACUAAACUUGAAGAAACAAGCAUUCCAAAUAAUGUUGUAAACCAGAGUAAUGGAUCACAAGAAAGCUGGAAUGCAAAGCCAGCCUUGCCUGUGGUAAGGACAGCUCCUUCUGGCCCCAUCUUGGUGGAGAUAGAAAACCUGCCUCGGAGCGCCGGAGCCAACCAGCAAGACAAGUCAUGUAACUGAAAUUGUGCUUGUUUGUGGUGAGAUCUCACUGAUCCGUCGAUCUCUUCCUGGUGGUGGUGGGUGAAAGGUGGCUGUACCUUUUCUUGCCGUCUUCUCAGUAUGAUUUUGUUUUGUAUUCACUUGGUCUUACUGCAAGGUGCUUGCUAGAAACUGGUAAUUCCUUCAUUUGAAACAUGCGACUCCAGCUCCAAACAGCUCUACUUGGGUUUUUUAUGAUGCUAGAUCUAAAGUUAAGUAGCAUCCAUGAAACUUCUGCUCAAAAGCAUAAAACUUCACGGUCCAUCUCUUGCAGUUUUGAUCCUAGUAUGCAUGUGUCAGGAUUUAAAAGCCUGAACCUUGUUUCUGACAGACAUGGUCAAUGCAUCGAGGCUUCCUUACCAGAUUCAGCUGCCACACAAAGAAACAUCUCUUGACAGGGGUAGGGAAUAGGGGGAAGAGGGGUUGGGGGGGUUACAGUUUAAAAAAUGUACCUAUGUGUUACCUAACCUAGUGUGCCACAGGAUAAACUGUCUUUGAAAUGCACUACACUGUCUGAUCAGAAGAAAGUGAAACUAGCUAGGUAAAAUAUUAAUAAUUAUUGUAAUCACAUUAGAAGCAGGGGGUCUUUUUCUCUUGGCAAAAUGGUCUUAACAGAUUUGCUAAAAAGCGUGCUGCCUCCUGUGGUAAGGUAUUCCUUAGUGGCAAGGAGUGCACUAUUAGGGUUGGGAAAUAAAGAACAGUUUGGAGCUGGGUUGUCAACCAUGCGUGCUACGUAAGGGUAUCACCGGCUGCAAAUGGGGUGAAUUGAAUGUCUUGCUGGAACGCACGUGUCUAGUUGGAGGAUCACAACUUUCAUGUCUUGAAAUCUUAGUAUCUUGGUGCUGUUGACGCGUUUCUUUUCUAAACCUCUCUCUACCUUCGGUUGGCCUGUUUCUGCAUGAAUCCGAUUUGGCUCCUAUUAGGAAAAGUCCUCCUUUAAAAAGUUCUUGUCCACGGAUAUCUGUAAAAUACCAACGUACGUCUCCCUCUCUCCCGUUCUGCUUUUUUGUUUAAUGGUGCAGGCUAGGAUCCAAACAACCUGCAUAUUCCUGGGAAUUGUUUUUUGCAGGUUCCUUGAUUGGCUCUACUGCAGCUGCAGCUCUUCCCGAUUUAAAUGUCUCAUUUAAUUUUAAGCUGGAAUGGUACAAAUGCCAGCAAAAAUUAGGGGCCAGAUCCUAGGAAGUUCUUUGUCAGAUAGGAAACUGUUCAGCGUUUUUGCUAUUUGGUAUUGAGACCCUAUUCUCCAUUAUUUAAGAACUAAGACCGUAAGAAUUGCCAUUUACUGGGUCAGACCAUAGGUCCCAUCUUGCCCAGUAUCCUGUGUGGGGCAGAAAAUGGAUGUUGAAAGGGCAAAUAAACUGGAGGUGACCAGGGUAUUCUGGGUUCUUUUCCCCACUGUCCUUCACUUGCAGCAUCUGGUAUUUAAAGUCUAG